AUGGGUGGCCGGAGACCAGGGUGGUCGCAGAUGGGUAGAUUAACUUGGGUCUUUACAACGUUGAUCAUCACUGUCUGGAGUCUUAUCAGGAGACGACAUGAUUGCUGGAAGAGCGUCAAGUCCCAAGCCUUAAAAGCGGCCAUCAUUCCCAUUACACUCAGCUAUCUUCAGUUAACACAAGGAUCCGCGCAUCAACAGAAAUCGGGGCAGGCCUCCAAGUCGAUGCCACAUCUUAGGGUGCGUCUGCGUCAGUCGAGUCGCAUCGCGGAGGUACAGUCAAUGGUUUCAUCAGUCAGAGAGCCGCAAAGUGGCCUGAAAGUGACGCUGAAGAGGCUACUAGAUCACGAAGAAGAUUCCAAGGGCGGGAGGGGGCACGCCAAAAACUUUACGAAGUUGUACUUUAACCGGUCGUGGAUAGAGGUUAUUGACAGUCUGCAGGGUCUCCAAAACAAGAAUCUAGACAUCUCUCGCCAAAUCGAGGAGAUGAGGUUGAUGAUGAACAGCCUCGUCAACACUUCGAAAACUUCGUGA